AUGAUCGCCACGGGAGGCCUCCUGAGGAUCUCAGCUAGGAAACAGGACCCCUUGCGACCCCAAAGCCAAGUCCCCAAACGCAAACGCAAGACCAAAAAGAAGCGCAAGAAUGAUGUGGUGGUGGUGAAAGGCAAGCUCAAGCUGUGCUCUCUCUCGGGGCUCAUCGCCCUCUGUGGCAUCCUGGUACUGCUGGUGGGCAUUGCCUUGGCUGUGGUGGGCUACUGGCCGAAGCCCAGCCAGGUGUACAAAGAAGGCAGCUUCAGUGGUGGCCGGCACCUGGCACCGCAGGGUGGCACCCCCAAGAACCGGUCCCGGAGCCAGGAAGGGGCACAAGCAGGGAUCCAUCUAGAGUCACCCCCCAGAGUCAACACCUCCACCACUGCUACCACCCGGGGUUCUCCACAGUCUUCCCCCACUUCCUCGUCCCCCCAGGCCUCGGUGGGUUUCCUUUUCCGUCUUUUCUCCAGCUACUUGCAUUCAGACAAGCUGAAGGUGCUGGGCCCCCUCAUCAUGGGUAUUGGCAUCUUCCUCUUCAUCUGCGCCAAUGCGGUAUUGCACGAGAACCGUGACAAAAAGACCAAGAUCAUCAACCUGCGUGACCUCUACUCCACCGUCAUUGAUGCCCACAGCCUGCGGGCCAAGGACGGAGGCACCCCAGCCUCAGCCCCUCUCAAUGGCUUUGUCAACUACGUGCAGUCCCGGGGCCUGGAGCUGAAGCCUGGCGGUGAAGGCCUGGGUGCUGCAGCCAUGCUGGCCAAGAGCUCCUGGCCACCAGGACUGGGUAUCUCCCUUUCCCCGCCACACCUGGCGUCCUCGCCGCGGCGUUCCUCCUUCUGCACCCCACCGCAGCCGCCCAGCCUGGCCGAGGCUGUGUACAGCAUCUACCGGGAGCGUGCUGCCCUUGCUGGCCACGCUGUCACGAGCCCACCCUGCAGCCCGCCGGAGAGCUGGGGCCAGCACAGCACAGCCAGCUCCAUUGUCGGCUCUUCACUGAGCGCUUUCACCCUCCUGCCCUUGGCACCGAGUGGUGGAGGGGGAGGCUGGCAGAGGUCCCCUGGUGAGUGGGGAGCCCGGGAGAUCCCACGGGGGGAGUUUGAACUGAGCCUGACUGACCUCAGCAGCAGCCACAUCAAGGGAGGCUGUGGGACAAGGAGGCAUAAGCUGGUUCUCAGGCGGCAGAGCACCAGCUGCUUGCCCGAUGCCAGGCGUCCCCUUUUCCCUGAGCCACCUCGGUCCCCGGCAGUCAGCAGGGGCCCAGACUCCAGCCGCCUGGCAAAGGCAUCUUCUAGCUACUCCAAAUCUCUGGAUCUGGGGGGGUCGGCCCCCUCAACCCCUCCUGCCAUCACCAGGACGGACUCCCGGAGCUCCCAGUCUGAGCCUUCCAGCAGCAAUAAGGGCUACAGCCACCUGGAGGAGGCAGGCACCUCCUUGGAGUCAGUUGCCAACACCCCAGCCAGUAAAAUUCAGGACUGUGAGGAGGAACCAGCUGAGAAGACAGACACCCUCAAGGAUACCAGCAAAGAACAAACAGGGGAGCAAUCCCAGCAAACUCAGAGGCAGUACACAAAUAAAGAGAAACUUUUUAUGAUUUCUAGGUCACACCCUGCAUUAGGGCUGGAGGACGGGGAACUGGAGAGUACUGGCAUCUAA